CGCAAGCCGCGCUGCGAAGAACCCGGCUCUGGAAGAGGUGAGGCUGGGCGGCGAGGAAGCGUUGGGGUCGCGAGCCCAAGGACGUACCCUCAUCCACAUCUUUCUUCCUAACCGCGCCCACCCCGGGUGGAGACUGUGAAGAUGAAGAGGCGGGCCCUCUCCAAGGAUCGGAAGCGAUCCCGGGCAACCUCGGUCCCGCCAGAAAUGACAAAUGGAUUUCUUAUGGAGGUAUGUGUGGAUUCAGUGGAGUCGGCUAUAAAUGCGGAGAGAGGAGGUAAAAGAGGUGCUGGCCGUGUUGAAUUGUGUUCUGGUUUACUGGAAGGAGGAACUACACCCAGCAUGGGUGUUCUACAAGUGAUUAAGCAGUGUGUCCAGAUCCCUGUCUUUGUGAUGAUCCGACCACGUGGAGGUGAUUUUUUAUAUUCAGACCGGGAAGUAGAGGUCAUGAAAGCAGACAUCCACCUUGCCAAGCUUUAUGGAGCUGAUGGGUUGGUAUUAGGAGCAUUGACUGAAGAUGGACAUGUGGAUACCGAACUCUGCAUGGAACUUUUAUCUAGUUGCCGUCCCCUGCCAGUCACUUUCCACCGAGCCUUUGAUAUGGUUCAGGAUCCAGUGCUGGCUCUAGAAACGCUUUUGACCUUGGGAUUUGAACGUGUGUUGACCAGUGGUUGUGACAGCUCAGCAUUAGAAGGACUGCCUAUGAUAAAACAACUCAUAGAUCAGGCAAAAGGAAAGAUUGUGGUAAUGCCAGGGGGCGGCAUAACUGAGAGAAACCUGCAGAGGAUCCUCGAGGGCUCGGGCGCCACCGAGUUCCACUGCUCGGCUCGCUCUGCCAGGGACUCAGGCAUGAAGUUCCGAAACACUUCUGUUGCCAUGGGUGCUUCACUUUCCAGCUCAGAAUAUUGCUCAAAGGUGACAGAUGUGGCGAAAGUGAGGACCUUGACUGCCAUUGCAAAGAGCGUUCUAUAAGGCUACCCAGAGCCCGGGAGAGAUGGGAACGCACCUGGAUCAAGGUUGGGGGAGACCUGAGGUCUAAAGCUGGGAGGACCCAGACACUACAGCUUUACCCUUCUCUGGGCAGGACUGGAGAUUGACCUUGGCUUGUCACACAUGGACCGUGGGAUCCUUCCAGAAGAGCCAGUUAGUUGGAGAAACUGCAGUCUCUUCCAUUCUUGCCAGCCUUCUCCAUCAUCAUCAUGAAAAAUAGCUGGAUCAAGACUUUGCCAGAGACUUGGUCUGCCCAGUAAAUGGGAUUAAUUUAUAAGCUGAAAAAAUUAAAUUCAAGAUUUACCUUUGAUUUGUCUUUGUGAAAUAAAACUUGUCAUUUCUGUUA